AUGAUGGGGAAAGCGACGAUGCCACCGCCAAGAACUGGGACGGGUGGACAGGCUGACGGCUCACGCGACACCGCCGCCUCCGGCCCGAGCCCGGAGGUGGGGCCCGAACGCCACCCCGAGCCCGUCGAGAUCGAACAAGGCGUAACUACAAUUCCGGAGACCGAUGCCGUGGCAGACGACUUUCCCGAGGGAGGCAGAGAGGCCUGGACGGUACUGUUCGGGUCCUGGUGUGUUCUCGUGUGCACCUACGGUCUCGGUAAUAGCAUUGGCGUUUUCCAAACUUACUACGUCAACCAUGCGCUCCGCCAGUACUCGUCAUCUACAGUGUCAUGGAUCACCAGCUUCAUGCAAUGGACGAUGAACUUUUUGCCCAUAGUCUGGGGAUUCGCGUUCGAUAAAUACGGCCCCAGAUGGAUUCUGUUCGGCGGAACCAUUACCUACGUAUUCGGCAUGAUGAUGGUAUCCUUGGGCACUAAAUAUUAUCACUUCUUCCUAGCUCAAGGCAUCGUUUGCCCGAUCGGGGCCAGCGCUGUGACCAGUGCCGCAAUGUCAUGUCUCGUUACCUGGUUCCACCGGCGCCGUGGCACUGCCUUUGGUAUGAUGAUGUCCGGCUCAUCAUUCGGCGGCAUUAUUCUGCCUAUUAUGAUCCCCAAGAUGAUCGACCGAGUCGGGUUCCCGUGGGCUAUCCGCACUGUUGGCUUCAUGUUUCUGUUUCUGCUCACGAUUGCCAACUUCACGAUCAGAUCCCGCCUCAAGCCGGAGAAGAAGCCGGUAGAUAUGAAGACAUACUUCAAGGGCAUCCGUGAGCCAACCAUGAUGUCAACUGUAUUUGGCCUUUUCUUGGUCUUUCUAGGUCUUUUUGUUCCGUACAAUUUCGUCAUUCUUCAAGCCAGGGCCCAAGGGAUGGAUGAGGACCUAGUCAUUUACCUGUUACCAAUUAUGCAUGCCGUCGGGAUCGUCGGACGAAUUGUGCCAGGUCUCCUGGCAGACAGGAUCGGCCGAUAUAACAUCAUGAUAUUAAUCGCCACACUCACCGGAAUUGCCUGCCUAGCCCUUUGGGUCCCCAUCAAGAACGACGCCGGCAUCCUGGUAUUCACAGCAGCCUUUGGGUUCUGCUCAUCGGGCCUGACAUCCAUCGGACCAACACUCAUCGCACAAAUCUCCGACAUAAGAGAGAUCGGUGCUCGCACGGGGACCGCCUUCGCUUUCCAGUCCUUUGGUGCUCUCACCGGCAGCCCAAUUGCCAGUGCGAUAGUUGACGCACGCGGGGGCGACUAUCUCGGACUGCAACUAUUUUGUGGCUUGUCAAUAUUUGCGUCGGCAGGCGUUUUUGCAUCAGCGCGAUAUUUCCAGGCGGGUGGGUUCAAGAUGAAGAAGGUCUGA